AUGGAACAAAGAGGACAAUGCAGAUCGUCGAGAAAACGGUGCUGGUUUUCCAUCAUGGUGGUUUUGGACGUUUUAUGGAGCGGAGCUUUUGCGCAGAUCAGAUAUUCGAUAUCCGAAGAGGUUGAAGAUGGAACUGUGGUCGGGAAUAUAGCGAAAGAUUUGGGACUAGAUAAGAGUGCGCUAAAAGACAGAGGAUAUCGCAUUGUCACAGGCUCGGCUGAACCCCUGUUUCAGGUUAAUCAAAAUGAUGGCGUCCUGUAUGUGAAGAGAAGGAUAGAUAGGGAGGAGAUGUGCGAACGGACCAGCCCCUGUUUGAUCCAGCUGAAAACCGUGCUGGAGAACCCGCUGGAGAUUCACUAUGUGGCGGUGGAAAUACUCGACAUAAACGACCACUCGCCGGAUUUUCCAGAGAAGGAAAAGCGGCUCGAGAUUUCCGAGUCGGCUCUGGCGGGGGCGAGAUUUCAACUGCAAGCUGCACGCGACCCCGACGUAGGCCAGUUUUCCAUUCAGCAAUACAGACUCAGUCAUAACGAGUAUUUCAGAGUAGAAGUCAAGGAUCGAGGCGAGGAUCGAAAAAUGCCAUUUUUAGUUCUGCAGAAGCAGCUGGAUAGAGAAGCAGCAGGGAAACACAAGCUACGACUCACGGCCGUUGAUGGAGGAAAACCGGUGAAGUCUGGUAAUAUAGACAUAAUUGUGGACGUACUUGAUGUUAAUGACAACUCGCCCGUGUUCACAAAGGAGCUGUAUUCUGCCACUCUUAAAGAAAACGUUCCUGUUGGCACCGUAGUUAUUCAGGUCAAUGCAACUGAUUCAGACCAGGGUGCAAACAGCGAAAUAAUAUAUUCUUUUGGUAACGAAGUUGAUUUGAAAUUAAUGGAUUUAUUCAGUAUCGAUCCGAACACUGGUGAGAUUCGAGUAACAGGUCCGAUAGAUUUUGAGAAGAGCAAAAGUUAUGAAAUUGAUAUUCAGGCGUCCGAUAAAGGACCAGUUCCGUUAACAACCGACAAAAGUGUUAUUAUAAAUGUUAUUGAUGUUAAUGAUAAUGCUCCCGAGAUAGAGGUGACUUCGUUUUCCAGCUCCAUCAAGGAGGAUUCAAAAAUAGGAACGACAGUUGCCCUCAUUAGUUUCCGUGAUUUAGAUUCUGGAAUCAACGGUAAAAUAAUUUGCUCGAUCAAAGAAGAUGUUCCCUUCACUCUGUCUCCAUCGUUGCAAGAAAAUAUGUACGCUGUUGUCACCAGGUCACAGCUGGACAGGGAAGUUAUUUCUCAAUAUGACGUCACCAUUACAGCGAAAGAUACGGGCGAACCUUCGUUUUUAACAGAAAAGACUAUUAGUGUCGUUGUAUCAGAUGUGAAUGACAACAGUCCAGAGUUUUCAUCAAGCCCCUACACGUUUUAUAUCACUGAGAAUAACAGCCCCGCAGCCUCGGUGUUCUCAGUAAAAGCCUCUGAUCGAGACGAGGGCGACAAUGCUCUUGUUUCGUAUCAUAUUUUAAGAGAUUUAAGCGGGAAUAAACUGUCCUCGAUUUUAAACAUUAAUCCUGAGAACGGAGGCAUCAUGGCGCUAAAAAGUUUCGACUUUGAAACACUAAAAACGUUCCAGUUCCACGUUGUUGCGUCAGACUCUGGAACUCCGUCACUUAGCAGCAACGUCACAGUGCACGUGUUCAUUCUGGAUCAGAAUGACAACGCUCCAGUCAUCCUGUUUCCAGUCAGCUCCAACGGUUCUGCUGAAGGUGUGGAGGAGAUUCCCCGCAAUGUGAACGCAGGACACUUGGUGACUAAAGUCAGAGCCUAUGACGCUGAUAUAGGAUAUAACGGCUGGUUACUGUUUUCACUGCAGGAAGUUACUGACCACAGUCUCUUUGGGUUGGACCGCUAUACAGGACAGAUCAGAACACUUCGCUCAUUCACAGAGACAGACGAGGCUGAGCACAAACUGGUCAUACUGGUCAAAGACAAUGGGAACGUGUCACUCUCAGCAACAGCUACUGUCAUUGUCAAAGUCGUGGAGCCCAAAGAAGCUUUUGCAGCUUCUGAUGUGAAAAGUUCAACAAAAGCAGAUGAGGACAAUAAUGUGACUUUUUACCUGAUGAUAACUGUGGGCUCAGUUUCAGCUCUUUUUCUCGUCAGUAUCAUCGUGCUGAUUUCAAUGCAGUGCUCAAAAUCCACAGACUACACUUCUAAAUAUCUACCAGAGCCUAAUUAUGAUGGGACACUGUGUCACAGCAUCCAGUACAGAUCCGGAGACAAACGCUACAUGUUAGUUGGACCCAGGAUGAGUAUAGGAUCUACUAUAGCUCCAGGAAGCCAUGCCAAUACACUAAUGCUGCCUGACAGGAGAGGGGCAUCUGGAGAGGUAAGGUUGACUCAAGCAAUUUUCCACGUUGUAGCGUCAGAUUCUGGAACUCCCUCACUGAGCAGCAACGUCACAGUGAACGUGUUCAUUCUGGAUCAGAACGACAACGCUCCAGUCAUCCUGUAUCCAGUCAGCUCCAACGGUUCCGCUGAAGGUGUGGAGGAGAUUCCCCGCAAUGUGAACGCAGGACACUUGGUGACUAAAGUCAGAGCCUAUGACGCUGAUAUAGGAUACAACGGCUGGUUACUGUUUUCACUGCAGGAAGUUACUGACCACAGUCUCUUUGGUUUGGACCGCUAUACAGGACAGAUCAGAACACUUCGCUCACUCACAGAGACAGACGAGGCUGAGCACAAGCUUCUCAUACUGGUCAAAGACAAUGGGAACGUGUCACUCUCAGCAACAGCUACUGUCAUCGUCAAAGUCGUGGAGCCCAAAGAAGCUUUUGCAGCUUCAGAUGUUAAAAGUUCAACAAAAGCAGAUGAGGACAAUAAUGUGACUUUUUACCUGAUGAUAACUGUGGGCUCAGUUUCAGCUCUUUUUCUCGUCAGUAUCAUCGUGCUGAUUUCAAUGCAGUGCUCAAAGUCCAAAGACUACACUUCUAAAUAUUUGCCAGAGCCUAAUUAUGAUGGGACACUUUGUCACAGCAUCCAGUACAGAUCUGGAGACAAACGCUACAUUGAUCGCUUUUCUGAGGGAUUAUUGACGGAUACACGUGUAGCGAUGGAACAAAGAAGACGAGAUGGGCGAACGGCUCAUGGAUGUUUGGUCAGCUGCCUGGUUGCGAUGCUUUUGUGGAGCGUGGCCGCGGCGCAGAUCCGCUAUUCAGUCCGGGAGGAGGUUAACGAAGGAACUGUUGUUGGAAAUAUCGCAAAAGAUCUUGGAUUAGAUAAAAACACGCUGAGAGAGAGGAAGUAUCGCAUUGUUUCCAGUAACGCGGAUCCUCUUUUCCAUGUAAAUCAGAACGAUGGCAUCCUGUAUGUGAGCCGGAAGAUUGACAGAGAGGAGGUGUGCACGCAGAUCAGUACGUGUUUAAUUAAUCUAAAAACCGUGCUAGAAAACCCACUGGAGGUGCACUAUGUGGGAGUGGAGGUGCUGGAUAUAAAUGAUCAUUCUCCCACUUUCCCUGAUGAAGACAAAACGUUGGAGAUUUCAGAGUCUGUAUUACCGGGAGUGCGUAUUCCUCUGCAACCCGCACGAGAUCCAGACGGUGGAGCAUUUUCUGUUCAGCAAUAUAGACUCAGCCCAAACGACCACUUCCGUUUGGAAGUUAAGGAUAAGCGAGAAGAUAAAAUACCAAUUUUAAUUGUGAAAAAAUCUUUGGAUAGGGAGGCAGCAGAAAGUCACUCAUUAGUGCUGACUGCUCUGGAUGGAGGAAAACCUCCAAAAACUGGUGAAAUGAAUAUACUAGUGAUGGUUUUAGAUAUAAAUGAUAACGCUCCUGUUUUCUCUCAGGAUGUAUAUUCUGUGAUGCUCGAUGAGAAUGCCCCUAUCGGAAAAACAGUCAUACAAGUGAAUGCAACUGAUGUAGACGAUGGUCCUGGUGGAGAGGUAUUUUUUUCAUUUAGCAAUAUCGUUAAUCGUAGAUUGUUGAAGCUUUUUGAUAUCAAUCCAUCAACAGGAGAAUUAACUGUUAAAGGAUUAAUAAACUUUGAGGAAAAGGAUGAAUAUGAAAUUGAAAUACAAGCAUCAGAUAAAGGUCUUGCUCCUCUAUCGACACAAAAAAGUGUCAUUAUCAAAAUAGUUGACGUGAAUGACAAUGCACCUGAGAUUGAGGUCACCUCAUUUUCUAGCUCCAUCCCUGAAGACUCCAGACCUGGAACUACAGUUGCUCUUAUCAGUGUAAAUGACUUGGACUCUGGUCUUAAUGGAAAAGUUAUUUGCUCCAUCGGUGAGAAUGUUCCUUUUUCUUUAUCACCAUCUUUACAAGAUAAAAUGUAUUCAUUAGUAACUAAAUCCCCUCUGGACAGAGAGAAACUGUCACAUUAUGACCUGACCAUAACUGCAAAAGACGCUGGUCAACCUCCAUUAUCAUCUGAGAAGACAAUAAGUGUUGUGGUGUCAGAUGUGAAUGACAACAGGCCAACGUUUUCACUGAGCCCCUAUACUUUCUAUGUGACAGAGAGUAACAAUCCAGGCACCUCUGUGUUUUCUGUCAAAGCUUUUGAUGCUGAUGAGAAUGAAAAUGCACGUAUUUCGUAUCAUAUUCUCAGAGAUGGAAGUGAAGAUAAUAAACUGACUUCAUUUCUCAAUAUUAACUCUGAGAAUGGAGACAUCAUGGCUCUAAAAUGUUUUGACUUUGAAACAGUGAAAACGUUCAAGUUCCACGUUGUUGCCUCAGAUUCUGGAACUCCGUCACUGAGCAGCAACGUCACAGUGAACGUGUUCAUUCUGGAUCAGAACGACAACGCUCCAGUCAUCCUGUAUCCAGUCAGCUCCAACGGUUCUGCUGAAGGUGUGGAGGAGAUUCCCCGCAAUGUGAACGCAGGACACUUGGUGACUAAAGUCAGAGCCUAUGACGCUGACAUAGGAUAUAACGGCUGGUUACUGUUUUCACUGCAGGAAGUUACUGACCACAGUCUCUUUGGUUUGGACCGCUAUACAGGACAGAUCAGAACACUUCGCUCAUUCACAGAGACAGACGAGGCUGAGCACAAGCUGCUCAUACUGGUCAAAGACAAUGGGAACGUGUCACUCUCAGCAACAGCUACUGUCAUUGUAAAAGUUGUGGAGCCCAAAGAAGCUUUUGCAGCUUCUGAUGUUAAAAGUUCCACAAAAGCAGAAGAGGACAAUAAUGUGACUUUUUACCUGAUGAUAACUGUGGGCUCAGUUUCAGCUCUUUUUGUCGUCAGUAUCAUCGUGCUGAUUUCAAUGCAGUGCUCAAUGUCCACAGACUACACUUCUAAAUAUCUGCCAGAGCCAAAUUACGAUGGGACACUGUGUCACAGCAUUCAGUACAGAUCUGGAGACAAACGCUACAUGUUAGUUGGACCCAGGAUGAGUAUAGGAUCUACUAUAGCCCCAGGAAGCCAUGCCAACACACUAAUGCUGCCUGACAGGAGGGGGAUAUCUGGAGAGGUAAGAUCACACGAUUGGAAAUUGUGA